CCGAAAUAUUCGAAACAAUUGAAAAUUUUUGAUCUAUAACUCGAUUCCAUUUUGAUGUCUGCGAUCGCAAGCGUGGCUGGAUGCCCAUACGCUGCUGCGGCGAUAAGAUCGCCGGGGAGGCCGAGGGGGACAGUGGCGAUGGCUUCGCCGGCGGCGGCAAAGGCGGUGGAAGGAAGGGGGCUCUAUGCGGUGCUUGGAGUGGGGGAACGAGCGAGCGUGGGAGAGAUAAAGGCGGCGUACCGGACGCUGGCCAAGAGAUGGCAUCCUGAUGUAGCGGGGGAAGGCGGCGCCGGAGCUUUUCUUCAGAUCCAGCGGGCGUACGCGACGCUUUCGAAUCCGAGGGAGAGGGAGAGGUAUGAUUGCUCGAUGGGUCUGUUAGGGUUAGUGUUCCGGCGAGGGGAGAGGUUCUGUACAAGAAAGUGGGAGACGGAUCAGUGCUGGUAGGAUAUCAGGCAAAAGCCUGGAAGCGGCGGGUUAUGGAAGGAUUCCGUUCUUGGGCUAGUUUGCCGGAAGAAGGCGGGGUUUCUGUAAUAUGGUGAUGUUCUGAGAUCGGAGAGAAUGGUGGCAGGGAAACCUAAUUGGAGCCUAUUUUGGGACUGAAUGGCGACUGUUCUCUCUUUUUUGUAAAAAGCUAGGAGAUUAUUCUCUUCGUGGGCAGACGCAACCUGCUUGCUAAUUUGGCUCGAUGAACAUCACUCAAAAAAAUAUAUUGAUUUGUAGUUUUGAUUGAG